UGAAGGCAGCAGGAGUGUACUGUUAGCUCGUUUCGCGUGGGAGUCUGCCUCUGUGAUUGUCUGGGACUCAAACUCACUGAUAAACAUGGACACUCUUCUCAACACAGGUAAGCUGGCAGUAAUAUCAGACAUUUUCCAGCCUGUCUACUGAAGCUUCUCCCUCGGUAGUGAGUUUAUAAUGCUGAUAAAUGAUCCGCGACGUUAGCGGUUGUUCAUAGGGAAAGUGAAAGCAGUCCAGAGAGGUGUGCCGACUGCUCCCGGGGGCUCAUGGCAGUGAGGCAGAGAUGGUUUGGCUGUCAUGAUUGCUCUCAUGUGGAUGCUCACGUGGCUGCCUCAGGUCCUGCCAGUUAUGAGUAAACUCCCUCAGCCUAUCAACGUGAACCUGACCUCAGACCACUUCCGUCAUAUGCUGAGAUGGGAUCCUGGACUGGGGACACCCACAGGAGUCUACUACCGUGUCGCUGUGCACACGGAAAGGGGAACUUCCUGGGUGCCGGUGGCGGGCUGCGAGCAUGUCCAGCACCAACGGGUUUGCAACCUGACAGAAUCCUUCAACCUGACAGAAGUCCUCAACAACCCCGACUCCGCCUACUUUUAUCAGAUUACACCGCUGCCGGAAUCACUGCCCCGAAUAUCAUACACCUCCUCAUUAUUCAAACCCAUCAGAGACACUCACCUGGACCCGCCGCUGCUGACCGUGACGCCCUGUGGUAGCAACAUGUGUGUGGAACUUCAACCUCCCAUGGAGCACCUUAGAAAAAUAUAUGAGCUUCUGCCUUACAGACUCUCGAUCAAGUGCAACGCCAACGGUGUGGACAGAGAGAAGGACACCGAGGAAUCCAGAGUGAUUUUUGACAAUCUGGCCCCCGGCAUACAAUGCUGUGUCGCAGUCUGCUUCAAAGAGAGUAUGUGGCGCAGGAAGUCCAACUACAGCCAACCUGUAUGUGCUUUCACCACGGCCAUCUAUACUCAAGACACGUUGAUAUCCACCGUGCUGAGUUCGUUGGUGAUAAUUGGUGUCGUGGUUUUGGCGGUGCUGGCCUCUGCUGGUUUCAUCCGUUGUCUGAUAAGGAACCCGCUGCCAGACGUCCUGGCAUCCAUCCACCACUUAAACGAGGUCCUGGUCUUUAAACCCUUCAGCGGGUCCUUGUCUUCCCUCUUGAAUCUUAAACCAACGCCGCCCCCUUCAGGCGAAAAGAGGAGCAGCCAUUCAUCAGACGAGAGCGACGAGGAGAGUGAGAUAGAGAGCACCGGAGGACAGUAUAAACUGCGGGUGGGCACAAACCUCCUCUCUUCCUCCUCUUCCUCUUCCACGUCGCUCUCAGCUCCCCUGUCCCCCGAGCCCGAACCCAAGCCGAGCUCCUCCUCGGACCAAACGUCAGACUCUGUCGACCCUCAGCCCGAUUCUCUGCCAGGACCAGAGCAGCGUGCUUCAGAUCCUCCUGCAGAGAGGUUGCUGAAUAAAGAGGAGCAGGAGGAGGUGGUUGUGGUGGUAGAGGGGAGCAGCCAUAACGUGAAUCUCCUCACAUUGACCUUUGGCACGCAUCAGGAAGAGGAGGAGAAAGAGGAGGACAAAUUGCACGUUGCGUCUCCCUCUGCUUCAGAGGUGCACACCACUCCAAUCCUGCCUGUACAAACAAGUGACAGCGAGGAAGGUGCAAUAGAAACUGUUUCCUGCUCUGUUGAGGAGGAGGAGGAGGAGGAGGAAGAGGAAGAAGAUUACUGUGGAUAUAUGGGGCGUCCCAGUACACAUGUCUUACAAAACUUACUAUAGAAUUCUUGGGAGAGUUUCUCCGUUUUUUUUUUUUUUUUCUUACAAUUUCACAAUGUGUUAAACACCAGUGACGGAGCGUCGCACACACAGCAGCACUGGUCUAAAGGCAUUUCCAUUGGUUGAGUCUAGACACUGAAAACUCCGAUUAUAAGUAAAUCUCAUUACAGGACGGACAACUAAAGUACAGACUGAGGUGAUAAUGUUUGAUUCUUCAACUAAAAUGACAGUUUAGGUUCAAACUUGAAUCAUUUCUGAUUGUUUCUGUUACAAAGUCUCAUUUUAUAGAUAACAAUUGGGCCUCAUGCAAGAACCAUUUAACCACAAGAGUCUUCUCGUAUUUAGUAUUUUUGUGGCCCAGACCGGGCCAAUAUGAAUAUUAAAGAUUGACCACAGCUAAAAGCCCCCACAGUGGAAAACUCACACUUUUACUAGAGUCCAAUUGAUCAUAGAUGUAUCAGUGUUGUAUGUUGUGUUAUCUGAUAUAUCCGCUGAUAUGAAAUGGUAUAUUGUGGUAAUAUAUUGGUGUCACUGCAGAGUUUAUCCAGCAGAGCGCGCUGUGAUUUAUAAAACUGUGGAAGGCAGCACAGAGUAAUGGAGCAGACAUCUGUUUGUCUGCACCAUGAGAGAAGAAGCAGCUCUCAGCAAUGUCAACUAGAAUUGUUUGACAGUCUGUUAAAUCCUUUAACAUGUUAGAGUAUUGUUGCAGAAAGCAGCCUUCUGAAGACCUUUGUAUAGUCAUUUAAAUAUAAAAUCCACAUUGAAAAGGUCUAUUUUUAUUCACUGUAUUUUCCACCGCAUCUCUGAACAGUGAAUGUUUGCCCUCUGAAAUCAAUAUCCGUCUCACAAACCCCAUGUGGGUCAGGCUCUACAAGUGUCAGUGUCCGUGACGUGUCCCCGUGAACAGGGGGCUUUUAUCGAUUAAAAAAGAAAAAAAAGUUUUAGAUAAAAAUACAGUAUUAUGAUGUUCUUGCAUGAGGCCCAUCGCCUUCUUCUCCAUAUACUGUGAAUCAUUAUACAUCAGUGCUUUCUCUGCAGCCAGAAGGACCCACCAGUUACCUCUUUAGAGUUCCACAAAAGUUACCCAAACACCACAAACCAUGAUUGGACUGAUGUUGGAAACCUGUGGGCUUACAUAUGAGGAUUGAUCUGCAGCUAGAGGACUACUUCAUAAGGGAACAGCAUAUUCAGGGCGUUUCCUUUGGGAAUUUUAGGCAAAAUCCACCCAAAACAGCCAAUAACUUUACAUCCCUGGAUUUUAUUUUAGUUGUUGUUUGAUAGAACAUUUGGAGAUCAUUCAACUUCAUCAGGUUCAGUGUCAUAUUGUUCUGAAAAUCACUGACCGAUGAACAGUUGGAGAGCCUCUUCAGGAAGAAUUUACACUUGAGAUAUUCUCCCUCCGCAUGGGAACUGACUUUAUGAAAACAGCUUAGGACAAAAAAAAGCUCCACAUAAUGAUUACUGUAUUUAUUUUAAAAAGGCAUUUUUAUGUGUUGUUAUUAGAGAGUUAAAGGUCCAGUGUGUAACAAUCAGGAGGAACUAUUGGCAGAAAUGGAAUCUAACAUUUGUGGGUACGGUUUCAUUAGUGUAUAAUCACCUGAAAAUAAGAUGUUACCUUCAAAAGAGAUGGUUUUUAUCUGCAGAGCUGGUCCUCUUCUACAGAGACCGCCAUGUUGAACUGCCAUGUCUCUACAGUAGCCCAGAACGGACAAAACCAAACACUGACUACACCAUCGUAGUUUCUCCUACACGCUCGGAGUUCAAGAGGUUUCUGUUGGUUGUUGUUCUGCAGCUUCACCAGUAGAUGGCACUAAAUCCCCCACACUGGACCUUUAACUGUUUUCAAUUUGUUCUGAAUAUGUAAUGAGGCUAUAAUGAGAGCUGAAACUGAAGCGGAAAAGGAAUCAGCAAACAUUUUUGAUAUCUUCUUUUGAGUCAUUUCUCAUUCAAAACCUGCCAAAUGUUUGCCGCUCCAAGCUUCUCAAAUGUGUCUCAUAAGAUACUAAAGUGAAUUUUCUGGGGGGUUCUGAUGGAGUUGGUCGUAUAAAACAAGACAAUUUUGCCCAAAAAUCAAGGCCAGUGAGGAUCAAGUCUGACAGCACCAUGUUUGAGCACCAUUUAACCUCUGAAAGUGCAGUUUUUAAAGAUGAUAGUAGAAAAUAUCAUGUAAAAUGCUGGUUUUAAUUUGGACUCUAGCUCACAUUGUCAAGGUCAUUCUGUGUGUUUUAAUUUGUUUUACAUCAUUUAUUCUUGUAAACUGUGAACCUGAUAAUCAUGUAUGAAUUGUCACCGUAUGAGAAAGCUUAUCAUGUUAUACAUAUUUUUAUUACCAUGUCAUGUUCAAUGUACAGUCAUAUUAACAUUACACUUAUUCAAAGUUACACAUUGCAUCAGGUUAUUGAAGUAAAACAUGUAUUAUUGCUAGUUAUAACUUUAUUUAAACAAUUUAAUCAAACAGAUUCCGUACAUGUGACAUUUCUGUAUUUUUAUACUCAAUGUUAAAGCCAUUCUGUAACUCAGUGUCAAGCUAUUCUGCUGCUCAUGUUCAUUAGUGUUCAGUCCAUAAACAUGUAUUUCACUUUGCAAAUCACAACCAAUAAAGUUACAUUUGACAUGUCAA